GCGCUUUGUUGAAUUCUACUACUGGGACUCCUACUGGGUGAUGGAGGGGCUGCUCCUCUCUGAGAUGACUGGGACGGUGAAGGGCAUGCUGCAGAACUUCCUGGACCUGGUGAAAAACUACGGGCAUGUCCCCAACGGGGCCCGCGUGUACUACCUGCAGCGGAGCCAGCCGCCCCUCCUGACCCUCAUGAUGGAGCGCUACGUGACUCACACCAACGACACGGCCUUCCUGCGGGACAACAUUGGGACCUUGGCCUUGGAACUGGACUUCUGGACUGUGAACAGGAGCGUCUCUGUGAGCUUGGGGGGGAAGAGCUACGUCCUGAAUCGCUACUAUGUCCCUUACGGGGGCCCCAGGUGAGGAUCUGCGGGGCGGCCUCCCAGU